AUGUCGCGGUAUCUGAGAGCAUUCGUGCUCGCUCUCGCCGGAUCCACCCUGGUGGCAUCAGCUAGUACCAGUACUAGCAAUAGUAAUAGCUGGUGCCAGACAUCCUGGUCAACAGAUACAUGCCAGCUAUUCACAGAGUCCAUGGAAUACCUUGAUAGAAUAUACGAUGCCUCCGCGGGCUACGUCUAUGACCCGAGUGCUGCAACGGCGCUGCGUCACGAUACAAGGACGUCUGUGUGGUAUGCUGUGGGGUUGUUGGCUCGGGAUCAGGGCGAUGAUGUAGCUCAGGCGAUGACUAUCAUUCGAAACGUGAUAGAUGCGCAGUUCAAGGAUACAAGUGAUCAAUGGUACGGUGAUUACCAGCAGUUCCCCGAAGAACCUACAGUGGGAACCUCAGCUUACCCACCCAUUAUCUAUGAUACCUGGGAUCCGAAUUGGAGAGAGUUCAUUGGGACGGCCUUCAUCAUUGCGCUUGAGGAGUUCCCACAUCUGAUAGAUGCGGAUAUGACGCAGCUGAUGCAUGCGUCGCUUUACAAUGACACUGUUGGGGAUAGUUAUCGGGUCGGUGGGGUGGACGAUGAUAAUCUAUAUCCGUCGUAUACGAACCCGUCCUUAAUGCGUGCCAUCAUCACAGGCUGGACGGGACGCAAGCUUGGAGAUCAGAAUAUGACCAAUUCGGGCGAGACAUACGCAACGGAGAUCAUCCGGCUCUUCGAUCGCGCAGAUACGCUUUCGGAGUUUAACAGUGCCACUUAUACGGGUGUUUCUCUGAUCGCGCUGACUAUGUGGGCUAAGUAUGCUGCAGAAGACUCGGUCAUGAAGGGGAAAGGGAAGGAGAUGUUGCAGGAUACUUGGGAUACUAUCGGGGAAUUGUAUCAUGCUGGGUUGAAAAACCUUGCUGGUCCCUGGGAUCGGGCUUAUGGGUUUGAUAUGCAAAAGUACUUUGGUAUCAUGUCGGGGCAUAUUUGGUCGCUGGUGGGGAAAGAAACUUCUCCUGUUAUUGAUAAGGUGUAUAUGAUGUCUCACAACUCCGACUUCUCCAUCUCGCCUCUGAUCGCUAUCCUGUCAAACUUUCACAAUUCGCUUGUCCCGUCAACGGCCAUCCAAGCCCUGAAAACCUUCCCCGGUGAGCAUAUGGUCAACACAUCCGCGUACUCUAUUCCAUAUGACUCCUUCCCACGGCAGGUGGCUGCGUGGCUGAGUGAAGGCAUUAGCAUUGGAGCGGAGACCUUCAAUGAGUCUGUUGUAGGUGGCCCAGCCAUCAAUCCAUCGCAGUUUAACCCGGCUGUCAUUCAGUGGGAUACUGGAGCUGGAAUAGGGUGGAUAACACUGUAUGCGACGGAGGAGGCUCUCAACGCUGAAGUUGGACCCGGCUAUCUGAACCUGACCUAUCCGCGUGGGACGUCGGCGUCCCAGUUUCAGUUCCUGGUAUCUCCUUUUGAAACCCAGAAGAAUGUGGCUGGCUGGCAGGACAUUGUCGGCCUGAAUGUCACUGUGUCGGGGAAUAUGGACCCAACGACGCUGAACAUCUCGUAUAGCUUGAGCGACCAAGUCAUUAAGUAG